CAUUAUUUUUUUCUCCUCUGGCGACUUUCGUAGCCUUCUCUUCCGUUUCAAUUCUCAUCGAACUCUAAUCUGUGCUAAACUUGGCAUUUAUACCCAGUUUGAUUAGAUUAUAUGUAGUACCCUCCUCCAAAAAAAAAAAAAACUGUCUUCAUUUAUCCCUGCUUCAUAUAACGAAAAUUGACAUCUAAUAGAAUCCAUUGGAGCUUCUGCUUCUCACGGGGUCUUUUCUUAGUUCUAUCCCCGCACCGAUGAUCACCUUUUCUUGAACAGAAGAAGAAAGUAGUGGCAAGACACUGACAUGGAUCGAGUGCAUAUGGCCAAUCAUACAACAUCUCCUGACUUGGUGUUUCUCUAACUCACCAUCUUUUUAAAGUAUAACAAACGGCAACAAAGAAGAAGAAGAAUGGAGCAACAAUAAGAAAAAGGAACAUAUUACAGAUGAAGAUGACGAGGGAAGAGUAAUAAAAGGAAGCAACAACAACACAAAGGUGGAAAUUACAUAUGAUGAUGAUGAGGGAAAAGUAAUGAACAAUAAUGAAGAAGGAAGCAGCAACAAUGAAAAGGAACAUAUUGCAUAUGAUGAUGUUGGCAGUGGUGGUGAUGGUGAAGAUGAGAGAAGAGAAAUGGACAUUAAAGAAGAAGGAAGCAUUUACAAGAAAUGGUCACAAAUUGGAGAUGAUGUCUUGGGCUUCAUUCUAAAACACUUAGGCGUCAUUGAUUACCUUCAAACCCUAGCUGUAUGCUCUAGUUGGAGAUCCACAGUUCUUAAAUGCAUUGCUAACAAACAUUGUCUUCCAUCACCUGAAUUGCCACUUCUUUUCCUUCAAACAAUGGAAAUGGAAAACCUUCAUUUCUUCAACUUGGCCAGGGGAAGAGUCUUCAACUCCAUAGGGUUAUCACAUGAAUUAUUCCAUCAUUGCUAUGGCACAAUAUGUGGUUGGAUGAUCAUGGUUGAAGCUUUCAACAACUCUUUUUCUAAUGUUAAGGAAACUGAUGCGCGAAUCUUCUUCUUCAACCCGAUAACAAAUGCUAAGAUUUAUAUGCCAUCAAGGUUGAAAGUGAAAAGUAAAAUAAAGGUUAUUGUGGCAUCAACAGAACCCAAUGACCCAAACUGUGUUGUGGUGUGUCUCUUUUAUCAUCACUUUGUGUUUGCAUUUAGUUGGAUUUCAAAUGACUCAUGGACUAUCAUUGAGGAAAAUGUGUCUACAGCAUUGGCGUUCUUGCACAUAGAGAUUAUUGAUGGGAAAUUGUAUGCUUUGACCCAGGCAGUAUUAAAUUCUAUAGUUUUUUAUGAUCUACGAAAAGAACCCGUAAAACCCGAAAUAUUGGCAAGGCUUCCUGAGAGAAGAUUUGCUAUAAUAAGAAGGAAAACGGGUCCUUUGGACUUUAUUUAUGAUGGUGAUGGUCGCAUUCUUAAUUCUUGGGAAGCUCAAGGUGACAUUCUUCGAACUUUGGUAGUUGAUUCUUCAUCAGGAGAGUUAUUGCUUAUAUAUUUGAUUUACAACUCAGUCUUUAGGUUCAAUGGAAUACUUAAUGAUACAGCGAGAAAGGAGUAUACCAGUCCACCCAAGAUUGUAGAUAGUAAGGUAUUCAAGUUGGAUAUGAGUAAAGAACCUAAAUGGAUAGAGGUUAAAAACUUGGGAAAUCGAAUGUUGUUCAUUGGGUAUUGGAAAAGUUUUGUGGUGUCAAAUGAUGCUCUUCAAUGCCCUAAAGAGUUUAUUAAAGAGAAUUGUAUCUAUUUUGCUUAUCGUUUUCCAUGUGUUAAGGGUAUCACAGAUGAAUGGAAAGGCUUGAGAAUUGGGAGGCAUCGUAGGAUAGAUAAAAUGGUUGAUUACUACACAUGUGAAAGAUCAAGCUUCACUGAGGUACCAUAUCCAGUGUGGUUUAUACCAAGUCUUUCAUAACUCUUUAAUAUGUUGCUUUACAUUUCUUAGAUAUUAUAUUGAAGGUUUUCUUGGGUU